AUGCUAGGACUAUCCAAGUUCUUUGGCAAGAACAACACAGACAAAAGAGAUCAAGAAAUCUCAUCAAUCCUUCCUUUAUCAUCAUGUAAUGCUGAAUGCGAAUCAUGUCCAACAAAGUUCCCUUCAGGUUUAAAGAUUGAUGAAGAUUCAGACAUUUACAACUCUGCCAAACCAACAGAUGUACACUUCAUAAUACCAACCUCCAAGACAGACUGGGCUCACGAUGCCACUUCAACUCCAAACACUGUGGAAAAUGCAAUUGUGGCAUGGAAGGAUAAAUACGGGGAUGAUAUUAUUAAAGAUGGUAAUUUCAAAGUAUCUACAUCUUCAUUGCCUUUUGAUAGUGUUGAUCCAAGAUGUUACAAAAGUGAAGUUAAUGAUGUCUUGAUCUUACCCUUUUUCGUAUGGUUAAGAAAAAUUGAAUAUCAAAAUGUUGAUCAAGUAUUGAAUAAACUGAUCCCAUUAUUAAUCAAAUUAAGAGAUGAAGGUUCAGAAUUACCUAAAAAAAUUGAUAACUAUAGAUUAUUCCCAGCUAUUGAGCAAGCUUUCAUAUUCUUGUGUUCUCAUAGAACAAGAGAUAAAAGAUGUGGGAUCACUGCACCUUUAAUGAAGAAAGAAAUGGAUGCUCACCUAAGAGAUUUGGAACUAUAUAGAGAUGUGUGUGAUGAUCGUCCAAAUGGUAUUAAUGUUUCUUUUAUAAAUCAUGUUGGGGGUCAUAAGUUUGCAGCUAAUGUUAUUAUUUAUAUGAAAACUGGUGAAAUUAUAUGGUUGGCUAGAUGUAAUCCUGCAAAUGCAAAGCCAAUCAUUGAUGAAACUGUGCUUGGUGGAGGUAAAGUUUGGGGUGAUUUAGUAAGAGUUGUUCAAAAGACGAAAAGUGUUGAAUGGUAA